GAGGAACGCGUCGAGGAAAUGUACGUGAGGUUGAAUCGUCUGACGUUGCAAGCUGAAGAAAUCCUUGCGCAGCAACCACGAGCAACACAGAUCAACCUCACAGUAGAGAUAAGGGGCUUGUUCAAGGAAUACAAACUCAUAGGUUCAAUGAUUCGCCUGGAGAGAGGUAUUGAGAAAUUUUUCAAUGCAGGUGAUAGAAACGGGACAUUGAUCUUCAAAUCCGCUGAGAAACAGAGUUCACAGAAAUUGAAAGACUCUGCUACGUCUGGCAAUGGAGAACCGGCCCACUAUGGAAAAGCAUUCAUGCACAAUUACACCGCGGACGACGACAAGUAUGAGCAUCCCGAGCCCGCAGAAGGCGGUGUCACUCCAGCUGGGCCACAAGGUCUACACCCUUUGCGGAUCAUAGAUCCAGAUUCGACCUCAUACGUGACCACACUCCCCUGGGACCCAGUGGGAACCCUAGUGAGCUGGCCUGCAGGACUUCAAUGGCCUCAAGGGCUAUUGGGCAAAGUCAACCAGAUUUUGAGUGUUGUUGAUCACGAAUGCCGUGUCCGUCUCUUUCACCACGUAUGCAAAUAUGGACCGUCACCUGUCUUAAGGGCCGGCAUCGAAUCACAAGUCCAUACACACUACUCCUCCAUCUUCGAAAAUAGAGCACAUAACUAUCUUGGCUUGACACCGGAAACAAGAGUUUUCCUUCGCAGUAUCUUCGAGAGGAAAUCCAAAGUCAACGUUGCAGAAAGUCGACUUCUGGCCAGGGUCUGCAGAGUGGCCUACGAAACAGUCGACCUGCUUUGGGAAGACCUUCGAAUAUCCAGGAAAGCUCACAUGGCAAUGAAGGUCUUCAUUACCGCCAGGGAGAUUGAAAAG